GCGGCGACGGGAUGAAAAUUGAAAUUUUUGGUUUCCGUUGAUCGAGCGGCUCGUGCGCCACUUUAUGUUUUAGGGUUUUUAAGGUGCGAGAAAGGCUUCUUCUUUGAUCGGGGCCUGGUAUUGUGGGCAUUUUCUUUCAAGUUGUAGGGCAGAACUCUUUACACCUGAGCAGCUAACUCCAUGUCAGGGACUGCGCGCUCUGGGCUUGGUAAUGCUGCUUCUGGUGACAUGAAUCAUGGAAACUCCUCUGGGCCCAGCAUGGGUGCGAGCUCUCAGGUUACGGAUGCCAAUUCCUCUUUUUCAGGUGGACCUCAGCUUCCGAGCAGCUCCAGCAUCAACGAUGAAUCCUAUAUGCAUCUUCCAGCCUCACCAAUGUCCUCAUCCAACAACAUUUCGGGUUCGUCUGUCAUGGAUGGUUCAUCGCUUGUCCAGCUUAGUCCCCAAAACGAGCAGAUUCAGAAGCAAUCUGCUUUGAGUCCUACCUAUCAGUCAAUGGUUCAGGAAGCUGGAAUGUUACCUGCCCAUAAGAAACCACGGCUGGAUAUGAGGGUGGGAGAUGUUUCGCAGCAACAGGUUAUGCAACAGUUACUACAGCGGCACCAAAACCUUCAACUUCAUGCCAUUGUACAGCCUCAGAGACUCGCACAGCUGCAGCAGCAGCAGCAAAUGAUGCAGUCUUUGCCACAGUUGCAGCGAAUACAGAUGCAGCAGCGGCCCCAAAUGCCUAUGGGAAGCCCCCUCCAGUUAAUAUCUCCAGUGAGACCCCCACUUGAGAGCGGCUUGUGUGCUCGCCGACUCAUGCAGUAUAUGUUUCACCAGAGCCAUAGACCUGCGGACAAUUCUAUAAUGUACUGGAGAAAAUUUGUGGCAGAAUACUUUGCGCCUCGAGCAAAGAAAAGAUGGUGCUUUUCUUUGUAUAAUAAUUCUGGAAAUCAUGCCUUCGGUGCUUUUCCUCAAGCUGCUAUGGAUGCAUGGCAAUGUGGUAUUUGUGGUUCUAAAUCUGGAAAAGGCUUUGAGGCCACCUAUGAUGUGCUUCCUCGGCUGGACCAAAUAAAAUUUGAUCAUGGAGUUUUGGAUGAACUUUUGUAUGUGGACGCUCCCCACGAAAGCAAGCUUCGAUCAGGAAUGAUGGUUUUAGAGUAUGCAAAAGCUGUUCAAGAGAGUGUCCACGAGCAAUGCCGCGUUGUGCGGGAGGGGCAGCUUCGGAUUAUAUUCACUCCAGAUUUGAAGAUUUUGUGUUGGGAAUUCUGUGCUCGCAGUCAUGAAGAACUUCUCCCUCGUAGAAUUAUUGUUAAUCAGGUGAACCAGUUGUUACAUGCUGCACACAAAUAUCAAACUGCUGUUACUGAAAAAGGGUCUUCUACAGUUUCUGCUCAAGAUCUGCAAGCCAGCUGCAAUAUGUUUGUUUCGGCAGGGCGUCAACUGGCAAGAAAUGUGGAGCUGCAAUUACUAAAUGAUCUGGGUUUUCCAAAAAGAUAUGUUCGAUGCUUGCAGAUAUCUGAAGUUGUUAACUGUAUGAAAGAAUUGAUCGACUUCAGCCAGUCACACAAGAUGGGGCCUAUAGACAGUCUGAAGAACUAUACCCAGCAAGCUGCAGCUAAGCUCCAAGCCCAGAAAAUGAAGGUGGAGCAGACUGAUUCUUCCCAAAACCUGCUUGCUGACCCGAACAUGCUGAAUAAGUUUAUGGCCAUGCAUCCCGGCCUCAGCCGGCUUCCCGGAAACAGCCUCUCAUCUGCCUCCUUUCCGAACAAUUCGUCAUCUCCAGCUGCUAUCGGGCCGACAACAAACAAUUACCAGCACUUGUUACGAAACUCCGAUCACUCCUCAUUUUCCGGACUCAACCACAACCAGACCCAACCGGUACCCUUUCAGACGAAUGGUCCUCUAAUUUCUGCCGGCCGAUCAUUUCAAUAUUCUUCGGCCAAGAGCCAUCAGCAGCAGCAAGAUUUACACGGAAAACCACCCCCUGCGUGUAAUUUCGAGCCCCCUUCACAGGCUACUCAAAACCCUCAGCACCACCUGCCGGAGAUGAUGAACAAGGGAGCCUUACCCCCCGUGAAAGGCUUGGUUAAACCCGAGGUCUCGGCUCCGGUGCAGAAUGAGUCAGGUGGAGAUAUGAAGAGAUCAAUGGCAGCCUGCAACAACGAUGCUUCUAAACCAGCCGCCAUGAAUAAUAGUUUCUGUGCCAGCAGCAACAACUGUAAUAUAAAGCAGGAAGCUUUUGACAACUUGAAUAUUGGAGAUUUCGAUCAGGAUAUGUUGGGAGAACUGCUGGAUGGGAUUGAUUGGUGAUGCGAUUUCUGCGUGAACUUGAAGGUGAAGGUGAAGGUGAAGGUGAUAAAUAAUUAGAGAAGUUUUACUUACUGAUUUGCAUAAUUUUAACAACUUUGCUGUAUAGAAAGAUUUGGAACAGUUAUUUUUAGUUGGGAUUAGUUUCAUAAAACCUGCAACAUAUAACGGGAGAGGCUGAUAUUUCGAGCUUGAAGUUGUUUCACUCUGAUACUGUUGAAAACAACAAGUUACAUUACA